UAACCAGUUACCCUUGCUAUACAUCUUCUCAAAUGCGGCAACUUACUCUUCUUUCGUCCCUCCCUACACCUCUACUUCAAUCCUCGAACCCCCACAUCACCUUCUUCGAUGCGGAGCACAAUAAAUGCAAAGCGACCCUGCAGUGUCAGAUCGCCCACCAAAUAUAACUGCACUAGCACCAGCAUCGUUACUAAACCCGAGUGUUUCCAGGCAAUUUCAUUCGUGGGAUCUCAUCCGUCUCCAAAACAGCCACGGCAGGUACUUCGUGCCAACCUAACACCGGCUAUUGGUUCAAGAGCCCCCUCAUGCAUAUGGCAUGUCAGGUUAAUCGACUUGAUAGGCCCUCGCCCAGCAGACCUUCUUCUCGCUAUGAGCUUCGGUCAUUCAUGGCACGGAAAAUGGAUUUUUUCUUAUCGGCGACCUGGAACUCAAUUCCGAGGGAUCAGUCAACUACACUCCAAGUCAUCGACACGGCGCUUUCGAUUAUUUUGUCUUUUGCAUAGCUCCUCGCUACUGCUACGUGCUACAAGCUAUGUAUUCAUUGAUCCUGCCUCAAUGGGUACCUAGAUGCCUCCGAAACCGGUCAGCAGCGAUGUUCCGGACUCCAUUUUCCAGGCACCAAGCAAGUGGGAACACAUCAAUCAAUCAAGGAUGGAAGAUCGACAAACCAGGAUACAUGCGCGAAAGAGAGUAUCAUAGACUUUUUUUCGCUAGACCGGGACCUACUGCCUGUGACACCUCGUCGGAACCGACUCGGAGAGAUUCGCAGC